AGGAAUGGGGGACAAGAAGAAGAAGGCUCAAAUGUUUGUAAAACUAGUGUCUGCUGCUGGGACUGGAUUUUUCUAUGUUAAGAGGAAGCCAAGGCAGUUCACAGAGAAGCUCGAGUUUCGCAAAUACGAUCCAAGGGUUAACCGCCAUGUUCUCUUUACAGAGGCUAAGAUGAAGUGAUACACCACCUUUCAGUUUCAUUUCGAUGAUCAUGGCUCCAUUCUUGUAGCUGGAACAAUUUAGUACUGUUUUCUUUGAAACAGUGACUUUGAAUCAUGCCAAUCUGUGUGUUUUACUUCUCUGCCUUGUGUACAUUUUCCUUGACUUUUUGAAGGUCUAGGAUUUGGUAUUAUCUUCUAGUUUGAUGUUUCAAUCUUGUUCAAUGGUGAUGGAUUUAUUCUCCCAUUUUCUUUAAGAAGACAAACAUGUAAAAUCAGAGAAUCUAGUGCUACUUCUAUGCAGUUCUUGUGGAUUUUGAACACAAAUAGCACUGAGUAUACUGUGCAAAGAAAAUGAAUGAUUUGCUUACCGGAAUAGUUAAAUUUUCUUACUGAAUCCGUUAAUAACUGUAACGGUGUACUUAAUAGUUAAUACUUACCUAUCAGCAUAUUCAAGUUAA